GGCGUGAUUGUAGAUCUUUAAUUAGGUUGAGGGCAAAAUGGUCAUUUGAUGUCAAAUUGUGUAUAUGGAAACAAAAAUUUGUUGCCGGAGUAAGUGGGAUAAUUUUUACUAUUUUUACUUGACCCAAAGAAAAAAUUGAUGGAGGGAAAAGAAAGAAAGAAGAAGAAGAAAUGCCAGUGGCAAGGCCUGAAACAUCCGAUUCCAGAGUCAUUGCUCAUGUAGGUAUGGACUGCUUCUACGUUCAAGUGGAACAAAGGAAAAAUCCGGAGUUAAGGGGCUUACCAACGGCUGUGGUACAGUAUAACUCAUGGCAAGGUGGGGGCUUGAUUGCUGUCAGCUAUGAGGCCCGGAAAUAUGGUGUGAAGCGUUCAAUGCAAGGUGCUGAGUCAAAGAAAGUCUUCCCAGAAAUUCAGCUGGUCCAAGUCCCUGUAGCACGUGGUAAAGCUGACCUGAACUCAUACCGGAAUGCAGGUUCAGAGGUGGUUUCUAUCCUAUCAAGGAAGGGUCUAUGUGAGAGGGCUUCAAUUGACGAAGUGUAUCUUGACCUUAACGAUGCAGCAGAAACCAUGUUAGCUGAAGCUCCUCCAGAAAGCUUGGAAGAAAUUGAGGAGGAAGCUCUCAAGUCACAUGUUUUGGGGCUCGAUAAUGAGGACGGAAGUGAAGCCAAAGAAAAUGUGAGGAAAUGGCUUUGCAAAAGCAAUGCUGAUCUAUGUGAUAAGCUUCUAGCUUGUGGGGCUCUCAUUGUUGCAGAACUUGGGUUGCUAGUGUUGAAGGAGACAGAAUUUACUUGUUCAGCUGGCAUUGCUCAUAAUAAGGUUCAACACUGGCUUAAUGAACUAUGUGAAGAUCUGAGUGAACGUCUUCAAUUGGACUCGGAUGAAAACAAAAGGAUUGCUCAUACGCUAGUGCUGCAUGCCACAGCAUACAAGGCCAGUGAUUCAGAUUCACAGAAGAAGUUCCCUUCUAAGUCUUCUCCCCUAAGGUAUGGGGCUGCCAAGAUACAAGAGGAUGCUCUUAGCCUCUUUCAAGCUGCAUUAUGUGAAUACUUGGGUUUGUACACAGCUAAAAUUCAAGGAAGUCAAAAUAACCGAUGGGGAGUAACACCCCUCUCCGUUUCAGCAAGUAAAAUUCUUCCCAUACCAUCAGGAACAGCUUCAAUUGCAAAAUACUUUCAUGGUCAUCAGCCAUCCUCUUCCAGAAAGCAAUCACAGGAUAAUUUCAUAGAAGAAUCUUCUCCCAUGCCGCCUUCAGGUAAUGAGAACUACUCGGAGGUGAAUGUAACUACACCACAAAUUGAGUUCCCUUAUAAAGAAACUACGAUCAAGUAUGCUGUGCCUAGUUUGCAUCAACUGGAAGGCAAAAAGGAUUUGCUGAAUGACCAGAAACCAUGUUGCUCUCCAAAAAAUCAGGGAUAGGAUGAUUUCACCCAAGGAAGUUUACCAUCGUCAAUCUCAGGGAGUGAACUCUGCUCAGGAGUGAAUCAACGUCAACUAGUAAAACAUGAUUCUCGUGAAGAACCUUGCCUUGCUGCAAUACCUGGUUCCAAUAGACAGCAGCAGAAAAGGAAAACAGUGAAAGACAAGGUUCACGUACCCCUUUCCAUCAUAUCUUUAAUAAGUUCUUUGUGUGUGGUAUUUGCAAUGCUGUCAACAGGAAAUUCUAGAUACCUUAUAAAUUCUUUACACCAAGAGAACGUUAUCUGAAUUUAAUUUUAGAUCAUUCAUGUUGCGAUAUCAGGCAAUUAAAAACAAGUAUUUACCUUGAAAGGGUCGACUUUUGUUCUUUAUAUGACUGGCAAAACUUGGAAUGUGCUCAUGUGAGCAUGCUUAUACUCUUAUACCUUUUCCUUUCAUUGUUUCACCUCUUGAUGAUCAAUUUUAGAUUAGAACAGCAAGUCGAGGGGAAAUGUUUAGAACUUUAAGAUCAAGGGUAGGCCAAAGAAUCUCUCAAAAUCUUGACUUCAAGGUCAACCGGGACGACUUUGGAAUUAGGCGAAAGCACGCAUCAAGUAAUUACUUCAGGGCCUUGUAGGAACUAGGAAAUUUAAGAGUGAAAACACCAUGCAACAAUAGAAGUUCUGUUCAUGCUUCAUAACCGAAGUGCUCGUAUUUUGGCUUGCAGAAGUUUUCUAUUAACUUUUGGUUGAUAAUUUGUGCAGGGAACAUCUUCAAUAUUGAGAUUCUUUAACAACCAAGAUUCAUCUUCUGCUCCCCGAAAGCUGGAACAUGUUGAAAAUACUGAAGAUAUUAAACUGCCGCUAUCUGCUGGUCCUCAGUCUAGAAGUGAUAAUUCUUUGGAUCACAAUCAAUUGUUGUCAAAAGAAAGGCCUUUCGAAGAAACUGGGACUUCUAGUGCGCCUAGUUCAGCUCAAUUCGAGCAAAGAAGGGGUGUAUGGAGUUACAAUACUGACGAGAUUGGCCCCCCUGUCAUUGAGGAGUUGCCACCAGAAAUUCAACAAGAAGUUCGUGCCUGGCUCAGGCCUCACAAGUGGCAAAAUGUAGUGAAACAGGGUUCUAGUAUUGCCGAUUAUUUCUUACCCACAAGGAAAGCAUAGAUAUUCUUCUGUAAAUAGGCGUUUAUAUGUAAAUCCAAGAAAUUUGUACAGAAUCCAAGAACCUUGCAGCUUUGGUAUGCUGGAGCUUUAUCAUGGCAGCUCUCUGCCUCUCUAAAAUGAGGUUUACGUGGUAGAGCAGAAACUGAAAUGAAAAAUAUAAAUCAUUAAAGAUAAGGAUGUCCGAUGUUGCAAUGUCAGUGAUUCCUUCUUCAUGGUAGCCUUCAUUUGUAUGCUAAUUAUUGAUUUGUUAUUUGAACUUGA